GUAAUAUAUAAUUCACCAGACGGAAAUACUCAGCAACGACGUGAAAUAAUUAAUAAUUUAUAAUGAAAUUUCAUUUCAUUAAAAUGAUUUUUUUUUACAAGUUUAUAUAAAGCAGAUAGAAUUUCAACGAAAAAAGCGCUUGAGAUAAAUUUAUUAGUAAUAUUAGCACCUAAGGCGAUACCGAUUGUGCCGUCUAUAAACUGAAUAUUUUCAACCCUUACCAGGUACGGUCGAAUUAUUCACUUCGCGUUUGUGGUGUUCGCAUUGUAUUGUUGUGUUCGUAAUGUGAACACGAAUUUGAUUUAAGGAUACUUAAACAUCCAAGAUGUCAGUCCAUUAUAAAUUUAAGUCUACAUUGGAUUAUGAUACUGUUUCUUUUGAUGGACUUCAUAUUUCUGUAGCAGAUCUUAAGAAAGCUAUUUUUCAUCAGAAACGUAUUGGAAAAAAUACUGAUUUUGAUCUACAAAUAACCAAUGCUCAAACAAAAGAAGAUUAUACAGAUGACAAUGCAUUAAUAGCAAAGAAUACUAGCCUUAUCGUUGCUAGAGUUCCAUUGACAAUUCAGCAAAAAAGAUCCUGGGACCGUAAUGAAACACCCCCAUUCAGUAAUUUAAAAGAUGAAGCCAAUUUGGGACGUGCUGUAGAUCUUACUAGGCUUGAUGGUUCAGAAGAAGAUAAAAUUCGAGCUAUGAUGACUCAAUCGACUCAAGACUAUGAUCCAUCAAAUUACAUGAAAAUACGUGGUGCAAAUCAGACAGGAGAUGUACCUACAAAUUAUCGUUGUUAUAAAUGUCAUCAACCUGGACAUUGGAUAAAAAAUUGCCCUCUUGGUACAAACCAAGAGCCAAUUGAAAUUAAAAAGAGUACAGGAAUUCCUAGGAGCUUUAUGGUACCAGUUGAAGGUCCAUUAGUACCAGGUGCAAUGAUGACACCUACAGGGCAAUAUGCUGUUCCUGCUAUUGAUCAUCAAGCAUAUAAAGAAGGUAAAAAAGAAAAGCCACCAUUUUCUCAAGAUCCUGAGCCUAUUGUAGAAAAGCUAGAAAUACCAGAAGAUCUAUUAUGCAACAUCUGUAAGGAUUUGUUAACUGAUGCAGUAAUGAUACCCUGUUGUGGGAAUUCUUUUUGUGACGAAUGUAUUCGAACAUUUUUAUUAGAAUCUGAAGAACAUGAAUGUCCAGAUUGUAAUGAAAAAGAUGUUUCACCAGAAACGCUUAUACCAAAUCGAUUUUUACGUAAUGCUGUUAUGAAUUUUAAAAAUGAAACUGGAUAUGCUAAAAGACAAACAUAUAGACCUGCUUCAAUUAAUCAGUCAGUAAUGCAACCAGAACCACCAAAAAUUGAAAUACAACAACCUACUGCACAAGCCACUAGCCAAGCUAAAAGUGUUCAAACAUCUAGCGUUGGUAAUACAUUGGUAGAAUAUGUUGAACCAUCUGCUAAUUUUGAAUCCUUGCCACAACAAUUUCCAUCCACUAGUGCACAACCACAAACCGCAACAACACUUCCUGAGUCAAAUUCUGAAUCAGAUUUACAAAGUGAUUCAGUAACAAAGUUAACAACUGAUGAAGAAGCAGAAGUUCCACCACCACCAGGAACAGAACCAUUAUUACCAAUUCCUGCUAUUGGCAGUUCACCAGAAAGAGAUCGUGAACGAAGUAAUCCUCCUAGUCGUGAUAAAAAAGAUCGUGACAAUGACUAUAGUGGAGAAAGACAAUCAAGAGAAAGACGAAGAAGUUUUAGUAGGGAUGGUCAUCGUGAAAGAUUGGAUUCUACUGGAAAUUAUAGGAGUGGAGAACGUGGUCGUAGGAUGGAGAAUUUACGGACAGUGAGCCGUAGACGAUCUUUAUCACCUAGGCACUCUCAACACAGUGAUUAUUCAUCUCAGGGAACGACAUUACCACAUGUAAUGAACCAACCUCCUUCAAAAACUUAUCAAGGCAUGUCAACAGAUGACGGACAUUAUUCAUCCACUAUACAUUAUGAUAGUGGAAUGCGAAGAUCAACAGAAGAUCGACCUGGAACUCCCACUGUCGAUGAACCCCACUUACAUGUUCCCUCUUCUGCAAAUCAACCACCUUUACUACCUUUCCCACCGGGAGAAGAUCGCAUACCACAACCAAAUUAUAAUCAACCUCCACCUAAUGCACAACCACAUAAUCCUCCACUUCUACCAGAUCCAUAUAUGACUCAUCGUAUACCAAUGUAUCCUCAUCAACAAAGCUCUCAUUAUGGUCCACCAAGGUAUGAAAGACCACCUUAUCAACAACAGGGAUACAGACCAUCUCAACCACCACGUAAUUAUAACGGGCCACCAAGACCUCUCCGUGGAUUACAUCAUAUUGGAUAUAGAGGUAUACAGCCACCACCACCAGGAUUGGGGAGGAAUGUACAUAAUGGAAAUCCUCCUGGUAUUAUUGAUGAUCCAUUGGAAGCAUUUGAGAGAAUGCUUAGAGAAAAAGAUGAAAGAGAUAGGAGGCUUGGGAAGCACAGAAGAAGAAGUAGAACAAGAUCAAGAUCUCGUAGUUAUACCAGAUCUAGGUCACGUUCUUUUAGUCGAAGAUCACCAUUUCCGGGUCGUAUGAGCAGAUCACGAAGUCCUCCGAAAAGAAGAUCAUCAAGAUCUCCAUUGCCAUUAAGAGCACGUAGUCGUACCCCAAAACGUAGAUCGAGAAGUGGCAGUUUCUCUAUUAGCAGAUCUAGAUCAUAUUCUCGAAGUCAAUCUCCCAGAUUGUCUAUCCCUCGAGAUAGAGAUAGAGAGCGAGACAGAGAUCGAGAUCGAGAUCGAGAUCGAGAUAGAGAUCGAGAUCGAGAUAGAGAAAGAGAAAGAGAAAGAGAUAGAGAAAGAGAUAGAGAAAGAGAUAGAGAAAGAGACCGUGAACGCGAUAGAGAUCGUGAUAGAGAUCGAGAUCGAGAAAUACUACCAAGAUAUAGAUCUCCAUUAAGAUCACCACCCAGAUUUCAAAGGGAUCGAGAUCGUGAAAGAGAACGUCCUCGAUCACGAGAACCACGAGAUGGAUACAAUAGUUAUUAUAAUGAUUCUCCGGCACAUGAAUACCAGUUUAGAGAUCGAGAACGUGACUUACCACCUAGAGACAGACCGAUAUCUAGAUAUCCAAUAAGAAAUCAACCACCCCAACAUAACAUACCGCCGUUGUUGCCUCAUCUAGUCACUGGAGGUCACCCACCACCACUUAUGUCAUUGGGACCUCCACCUUCGGACAGGAAAGACUAUUAUGAAUCCUACAACAGAUAUUCUGGAUCUUCACAACGUUUUGGUAGUCCACUUCGAGAUCCACCUCAUAAACGAUUUGAUGAUGUUGCACCUCCAGGAACUGAAGGUUAUUAUGAUCUUUCUCCUCCAGGUGUUGAACAUUUGGAUAGACCUUUACGAGAAGAUCGCGAAAGGACACGUGUAUUAAGAGAUCAAGAAGACCGUGAACAUCCAUUGAAGGAUCAUGAUACUGAGGAUCGUGAUAGAUUGACCUUUAGAGAUGACAGAGUUCGUGAACGCGAUGAUCGUGUAAGAGAAGAUAGAGAUAGAAGAAUUGUAAAUAGAGAUCGAGAAGAUCGUGAUAGACCAGCAUUAUCAAGAGAUCAUGAUGACAGAAUUCGAGAAAAAGAUGAUCGAGAUAGACGUGAAAAAGAAAAAGAUCGCGAUGACAGACAUCCGCGUGAUCGUCGCGAUGAAGAUAGACAUAUAGAAAAGAAAGACUAUGAUAAAGAUCGUUACAGAGAUGAAAGAGAUCGUCAUAGAGUGGAAGACAAAAACCGUAUAAGAGAUAAAGAUAGACGUGAUCGAGAUUAUGAUCCUGAAAAGGACCGGGAUCGUCAUGACAGAUAUGAAAGACGUUCCAUAGAAAGGAAAAAGAACAGGAAAAGUCCAACUCCAUAUUCACAAAAGUGUAAAAGCGAAGCGAAGGAUAUCUCUCCUGAACGAUUGAGAAAGAAAGAGAAGGAACAUGAAGAGAAAAUAGAAGAUAAGAAGAAAGAGAAAAAGAUAAAAGAAAAGAAAAAGAAGAAAGAUAGUGAUGAGAAAGAAAAAAAGAAGAAAAAGAAGAAAGAGAAAAAAUCGGGACAAAAGGAGGUAAUGAAAGAGGAGCCAAUUAAGAUGACCGAAAGUGAGGGUACAUUAACAGAAAAUAAAACAGAAGUUACUUCACCUAUCAAAAUUGAAACUGUGAAACCAAAUAAUGAAGAUGAUAAUAUAGAUAAUAGAAUGGAGUGCAUACCUAAUGAAACUAUAGUUUCUGCAAAAGAAGAAUUUGAAGAUAAAUCUUUAGCCAUGAAUCCUGAACCACCUGAAUAUAAUGAGCCUAGCCCAGAAAGAUUGGAACAUACAGAAUUUGGUACAAAUCCACCCAAUCCUAAUUUUAAACCCAUACCAGAAUUAAAAUCAGAAAUAAAACCAAUAGAUAGUCUUUACAGUGGUUUAGAUGAUACGGAAAUAAAUACAGUAAUUACAGAAAAAUAUUCCUUACUGUCAGAAAAUGAAGUAGAGGAUAAAGAAACUACAUGUGAGGAAAAAUCACCAAAGAAAGAUGAAUUUUUAGCUCCUGUACCAGAACUUUCUAAAUGGGAAAGAGAUGAUACAAUAGAAAAAUCUGAUGAUAUAUGUGAAUCUCCUACAGACAAAAUGCAAAUAGACGAACCAAAAUCAAUGAAAGUAGUUACUUCUGAAGUUUUAAAAAGAGCUGAGAAUGCCAUAUUUCAAAAAGCUAUUAAUGCGAUAAGACCAAUAGAAAUAAAAAAGAUUAGUGAGAGUAGGAAGAUAUUAUAUCAAAAUCCAGAACCAAAGGUACUUGAAGCAGAACCAACUAGAGAACAACGGAAAAGUGUGAAUGUAACUAUUAACGUUGGUAGAAAUGAAAGAAAUGUAGAAAUUACAGAACCUUUGAAGAAAGCGAAGAUAGAUCGAACAAAAUUUAAACCAGUUCCAGAAACUUAUUCUCCAACGCGCUUGUCCGCUAAGGAGAGACUUGGGGACAAAGUCGAAGAUAACAAAGAGAGAAAAAUUAGUCCAAUUAAAGGCUUUUUAGAUAGAAGGGAAACGAAAAGUGAAAAUCAAUCUAGAAGUCGAUCUCCAAAAAGUACAAGAGAUAAGAGAAUAUCACCACUUAUGGAGAGAAGAGUCGAUUCUUCGUUAGGUAUAUCAAGUACCGAUCGCAAAGUAUUUCUAGAAGAAAGGAAACGGGAUAAAGACAGAGGUGAACGUUCAAGGGAUAGAAAUGAUUUCAGACAUGAGAGGCAUGAAUUAAGAGAUACGAGGAUAGAAUCAAGACAAGAUUUCCGAUCAAAUAGAGGCGAAACAAAAGGAGAACGAUCAGAUAAAGAUAGAGAAAAAGAUCGAGAACGAGAAAGGAGGGGUAGGACACCUCCAUGUGUAUUUAAAAGAAACGAAGUACCUAAAGUAGGUCUUGGUAAACCUAAAGAAGAUGAAGAUGAUAGAAGAAGAGAUAAAAAAGCAAGAGAAGACAAAAAAAGAAAGAAGGAACAUCGUAGUAGAAGUAAAUCUAAAGAGCAUAAGAAACGUAAAGAAAAGAAACAUAAAAAGGAUAAAGAAAAAAGUCAAGAAAAGAAACAAAAACACAAAGAAAAUGUAAUUUUGAAGGAAAAGACUGAGACAAAUGAAAGCAAAAUUAAUUAUGAUAAUCCAGAACCUCCGCUUGUAGAAACAUUAAAGAAACAAAGAAAAAAUCCUAGACUUGUAUCUGAUCGUAAACGUAGCAUACUCGAUGAAUCUAAUUUUGAACCUGAUUACUCUGCAUCUGAUUCUGAAUCUGAACCUGAAGAUGGUAAAAUUAUCAAUUUACCUAAUAAAAAAUUAAAACUUGAAGAAUCAGAAUUAGAAAAGAAUAUAGACAUAAAAUCCUUGAAAAAAAGGUCUAAAUCUACUAGCAGUGAAGAUACAUCCAGUAGUUCUGAAAGCACAAGUUCCGAUUCUGAUAGUUCCGAUGAAUCACAUAAAAAGAAGAAAAAGAAACAUAAGAAACAUAAAAAAAAGAAAUCUACUAAAAAAGACAGUAGCUCAGAAUCUGAUAGUUACACUGAUUCAUCCGAAACAAGCAGUGAUGAAGAGAAACAUAGGAAAAAAUCAAAAAAAUCAAAAAGCAAGAGUAAGCAAUCCAAGAAGAAGAAAAAAUCGAAACAUAAAUGACAUCAUUAGGUAAUUUUGAAACUUCUAAUGAAAUAUUGGUAAACAUUUCUUUUUGGUAAAUAUCUUUUAAAAUUAAAACAAGCAUUAAUGAUUGCAUAAAUUAUUGACGAAAGUGAAAAAUGUGCAUUGUUCUUUGCAUAUCCAUGAAUUGUAAUAGUUAACUGCUUCUUGCUGUAUACAUAAUGUUAAUACAAAGUUCAAAAAUAAUUUGGACUUUAAAAUUAAUAUGAACUAUAAAAAUUAUCAAUUAAUUAUUUAUUAAUGAACAAAUUUUAUGAUCAUAACGAAUUUAUGAACAUAUACAGAAUAAAUAGAAUAUUAUGUUUACAAGGAAAGCAUUUCUUCUAUCUGGUAAUAUUGUAUGGCCUUUAAGUAAUUAUAUUCUGAUUUCAAUUUUAAAACUAUAAGUAUCAUCAUUUAUAAGAAAAGAUGUACAUUAUAGCUGUCAGUAGGUCAUAAUAUUCUUAAGAUUUCCAAUAAUGGUAUUGCUAAAGAACACCUAUCUUUAGGAUUUCUGCUAUCUUAAUGUCAUAUUGUACUUUCAUAAUGUAAUAUCUCAUAUAUAUAUAUACCAUAUAUAUAUAUAUAUAUAUGUA